UACGAAAUAGAGCUACUUACGGACACUAAUCCAAAAUGGUACGAGUAGUCGAGUACCAGUAACCACCUUUGUUUAACAGUUGAUGCACUGUUUUGAUUUUUCUAUUUUCCAACGCACUAUUUGACCACUAAUUUUUUUUUUGUAGAUGGAUUUGUUCUUUGAGACGACAUGCUUCGAUGCUUAAUUGUUGUGAAUUGUAAAAACGUUAGGAGUUGAUUGAUUAAAAACGAAGAAGCCAAGAGCAAUUGAAGAUGAUAUGGAGUUCUUGCGAUUUUGGUCAAAUGGAGCAAAUAUUAAGGAACAAAGGGGUUACCAUCCAUGGAGUUCACCUUGUGGUUGUGAAGAUUCUUAAUUCAAAGUCGCAGAGGUAUACUGUUUUACUCCAAAAUUUUCGGGAUAAAUAUUAUAGUAGUGGAAAACUCUUGGUCUGAUAUCAAUAUUUGUGUGAUACAAAACCCAGGUUUAUAUGGUAUAUUUGAUUAUAAAAAAAAAAUACGGAUGUUUUGUUGCAAACAUUCUUCUGUUUGGCUUUGUUUCCUGUUUAAGUAUGCUGCAUUCUUCUUCCUGAGGAUGUGGAGUGCCCAUGGUGUACAUGUGUGAUAUAUAGCUGAACCUACUUGCUUCAAAUUAAAAUGGUUUCAACAGAAAUAGAAAGCUUUAUGUGUUUUUUGUCUUCAGUUGUGGUUGUUAAAGAAAUUUGUUUCCCAUUUAUUAUGGGCCAAAGUAUUUUAAAAGCUAAAGGGGGGUGUUUGAUUAGUGAGAAUAGAAAAUGGGAAUUGGAAAAACUAAUCCCAUAUAUAAUAAUACCCCAUGUUUGUUUGGUGGGAACGGGAUAAUUAUGUUAAUCUCUGCAGAUUUUCUUUUAUUUUUCUCUGAUGGGAUUAUUCUUUCAAGAGAUGCUUGUGGUCUGAUAAUGUUUUCUUCCUUGAGGUUUGGUACUACUGUGAAUUUUUUCCUCUGCGAAGUUAAAGUAAGUUUUCUAACCACUUGAUAUCGUUAUUUAUUUGUUCGGAACCAUUACUUAUCAGUUCUAAGGGUGCGUUUUGGUUCCCUGGACAUUGUAUAGUAGGAUCAUAUUUAACCAUCAGUGUGUAUGUUUAGAUCAUAUUUUCAUCAGUGUUCUUGUUAAAUUUGCUAUUUUACUCACCUUAAAUGACAGAAAAAUCAAUAUAAUAACCUUCGGUAGUUGUCAGAUUUGUUGUAUUUGGGGGAGGAAGUAGGUGUACCUUAUUUUAUUAAAGGACAUAAUCAUAAGUUUGAUACAAGACUUCAGGAUUAAAAAAAUAAUACUUAUGAAUAUGAAUCUAAUCCUUUGGUCUUUUUUUAAAAGAAAACAUAUAGACUGGACCAUAUGCUUUUCUCGAGGAGACUUUUUUUACACUUCUUACUGUCUUAAGUGAUCUUUAGAGAACAGAAGAGCACAUAAUACACUAAACAUAAAAUUUUAUAAGAUAUUGCAUGUCCCUUUCUGUUGUUUGAUCAAAGCUGGUCAAACUCUGAUAAAUUAGAAUUUUUUAUUUUGAUCACGGGUCAUUUGUUAAAUUAUUUGGUCGUAAUCUUCUCCAUGUUCUCACCAUUGCAUUUCCUAGAUAUUCACUAAUAGGGAGUCCUUCAUUUGCUUUAUCUUAGUUUAGUAUAUCUGGUAAAAAUGCGGAUACCUUUGUUAAUAUACUAGCCUUGGAUUAUAUAGACUGACAAGACAUUCUUUUCAACUGUAUGCAAUUAGAAACUAAUACUCUCAAAUAAUCAAAUAUAGUUGUAGUAUGGGGCUUCCCUCCAAACAUUUUCUCAUGGUUCUGUGUGCCACCUCUCUCUUCUGUUACUGUCUUCAGUCCUCCUUGGCUGGUUAUCACCUGGAGACUGAUCAUUUAGCAUUACUUGAAAUCAAAGCCAAAAUAACUGAUGAUCCUUUAGGUGUGAUGAGAUCAUGGAAUGACACUGCCUUCUUUUGCGAGUGGCAUGGGGUUACUUGUAGUCACCGGCAUAAAAGAGUGACUGGACUGGACCUCCAAUCGUCGAAGCUUACUGGUUCCCUUUCCUUACAUGUAGGAAAUUUAAGCUUUUUGAAGCAGUUGCAGCUCCAAAAUAACAGCUUUACAGGUUCAAUCCCUUCUGAAAUUGGUAAUUUGCAUAGAUUGCAGUAUUUCUCAUUUUCUGAUAAUUUAUUUCAAGGGGAAAUCCCUGAAAGUAUAUCUGGUUGCUCUAGCCUUGUUGUGUUGGAUGGCUCAAAUAACAGGUUGAAGGGUCGGAUUCCACCCGAGCUUGGUUCUCUGUCUAAACUUCAAAUUCUUCAAUUGUCAAUAAACAACCUGACAGGAACCAUUCCUCCGUCUCUGGGUAACACAUCUUCCCUACUUAAACUCUCCAUCGGUAGAAAUAAAUUGGUUGGGAAGCUCCCAAAAAACCUUGGCAGACUGAAAAAUCUUACCUUUCUCUCAUUCUUCUCAAAUAACUUAUCUGGUGUUGUUCCACUGUCUGUUUUUAAUCUCUCAUUCUUGACUACUCUAGAUUUGGGAGAGAAUCACUUUGAUGGGAGCCUUCCUUCAAAUGUAGGCAACAUGCUUCCGAAUCUCAGGUACUUCUCCAUACACAAUAACCAGUUUACUGGACUCAUUCCUUCUUCAAUAUCCAACGCCUCAAAGUUAGAAAUUCUUCAAAUUAGCUCCAAUAAACUUCAAGGGCAAGUUCCUUCUCUAGAGAAACUAGUUAUGCUUUCCGAGCUUUUGCUUUUUGACAACUUCCUUGGAUCUGGCCAAGUUGGUAGCUUAAACUUUGUUUCUUCCUUGGUCAAUGCCACCAACUUAAAUGUACUUGACUUAAGUCAAAAUUCUUUCAAAGGCAAUUUUCCUAGGAUUAUCUGCAGUUUCUCAAUGCUUACAACAUUUGUAAUAGAUAAUAAUAUGAUAGGUGGAGAAAUUCCAAGCUGUAUAGAAAACCUGGCAGACUUGCAGUUGUUUAACGUGUGGGGGAACCAACUCUCUGGUGUCAUUCCUCUGAGUAUAGGAAACCUCCAUUACCUAGAAGAAUUAGAUUUAAGUUUUAACCGGCUAUCAGGCUACAUACCAUCCUCAAUUGACCUAACUAAGCUUAGUGUCCUAAGCUUAUCUGCUAAUAGUUUUGAAGGCCACAUACCUCCCACUAUAGGGCACUGUAAAUACCUGCUAGCUUUGGAUCUUUCCUACAACAAUCUUACUGGCGGAAAACCUCCAGAGCUUUUUAAUCUUUUUGCACUAUCUACUGCACUAUAUCUGAAUGGUAACAAUCUAAGGGGGCCCCUCCCUUCUGAAGUUGGGAAACUGAGUAAUCUAGGCGCUUUAGAUGUCUCUGAAAACAUGUUGUCCGGUGAAAUACCAAGCACUCUUAGCUCUUGUGUAGUGUUAGAAUCCCUUUUUAUGGGGGGGAAAUGCUUUCCAAGGUGUUAUUCCUCCUACCUUGGAGACUCUGAAGGGUCUUCGUAAGUUGGAUUUGUCA